UGAGGGAAAGGCGGCGGCGGGACGACGGCGAUGGCGGCGACGGCGUCUGCCGAGGCGGCGGCGCUGGACGCCCUGAAGCGGGGCGGCCCGGGGGCGGCCGAGUCGCUCUUCGAGGCGCACGCGGUGGCGGAGCUGAGGGCCGUGGAGCGGCAGGUCCGCGCGGGCAUCGAGGGCAAGCGGGAGGAGCUCCGGCAGAUGGUCGGCGAGCGCUACCGGGACCUCAUCGAGGCGGCCGACACCAUUGCCGAGAUGCGGCUCAGCGCCGAGCACCUCGUGGAGGCCGUGCGGGGGCUGCAGCAGCGGCGGGCCAAGGGACGCGCCGGAGGGGGCGGCGCCCCUCAUAACGGCCAGCCCGCCGCGCGGAGGCCGGCGGUUGAGGCAGUACGCCAGUCACAGGAGAAGUUCUACUGUUUGGCAGCACAGAUCCAACUACUACUGCAGAUUCCUGAGAAAAUCUGGAGUGCUAUGGAAUCCUCUCAGUACUUAUAUGCCACCCAGUUGUACCUGCUAUGCUGCCACCUCCAGCGCCUCCUGCAGGUGGAUUCUUCUGGCACCAGCUACAGCCCAAUUCUGGCACGUUUUCCUAUCCUUGCACGACAAGUAGCUGCAGCUAGCCAUUUCCGGUCAACAAUCCUACAUGAGAGCAAAUUGCUACUGAAAUGCCAGACUGUUUUGGACCAAGCCGUAGCAGAGGCAUUGUGUUCAGCCAUGCUUCUUGAGGGGAGUUCUCCACGCCAGGCUCUUGCUGAUUUCCUGCUGGCCAGGAAAUCUGCAAUUCAGCAGCUUCUGGAUCAGCCCCAUCAUGAUGCUGGCAUUAAAGCGCAAGUUUGCUCCUUGGUGGAGCUGCUAGCCACAACCCUGUAUCAAGCACAUGCCCUCUUCUAUUCCCUGCCAGAGGGAAUGCCUUCAGACCCAUCUCUUCCCUGUGGCUUGCUCUUCUCAACCCUGGAGACCAUCACAAGCCAGCAUCCAGCAGGUAAGGGCAUCACAGCUUUGAAGGAAGAAACCAAGCUGAGCAGCUCAUUCAAAUAUUUGCCAUCUUCCAUCGCAGAAUUCCAGCCAACACUCAGAACUCUGGCACAUCCUAUUAGCCAGGAUUACCUUAGAGAUACACUUCAGAAAUGGAUCAAUAUGUGCAAUGAUGACAUCAGAUCUGGGAUCACAAACUUGCUGGUUUAUGUGAAGAGCCUUAAAGGUCUGGCUGGAAUUCGUGAUGCUGUGUGGGAACUGCUCACCAGUGAGUCCAUGAGUCAGAACUGGGAGACAGUAUGUCACCGACUCCUUGACAAACCCAUCUUUUUUUGGGAAGAUUUGUUACAACAGCUUUUCUUGGACAGAUUACAGACUCUGACAAAGGAAGGAUUUGAUGACAUCUCCAGCAGCUCCAAGGAGCUCCUUGUUGUGUCUGUACAGGAGCUUGAAGCUAAGGUUGAUGCAUCUGCCCACAACAAACAUAUGCUAUUUGAACAUAACAUGGCCUCUUUCUUAUGGUCAGAGAAUCCAAAUGACUUGCCACCCGAUGCAGCCUGGAUCAGUGUGGCAAACCGCAGUCAGUUCACCAAGAGUGGGUUAUCCAUGAAGGCCCAGGCCCACAGCCCACGAGUUCAAAGCUUCUGCAGCGCUCUGGAUUCCAGGCUGAAGGCCAAGUUGGAGGACCUUCUGUCCUACUUGCCCUCUGACUUCUCUCUGCCUAAGAAUGCUCUGCGUGUGCAACCCAGGAACUCUGCCUUUGACAGGUUUGCUGAUGCAGGCACAGUAGAAGAACUGUUGCGCAGCCACUGCAUCGACUGUGUGGAUUAUGUGCUGGGUUGUGUUAGGGAAGAGCUGCAUCAGGCUCAGGAUGUACUUCAAGGAUGCGCAGACGCUUUGCACAACCCCAAAAUCAACACCGUUCUCUUCAUGGCACGGCUCUGCCGAUCAUUGGGGGAGUUAUGCCCGCAUUUGAAGCAGUGCAUUCUCGGUAAAUCAGGUUACACAGACAGUGUUCUGAGGGAGCCUUGGCCUUUGAAAAAGGUUGGGAAAGGGAAAACUCAAGAGGUGAAUCCCAUAAAGGCUAAAUGGCAAGAAUUAAAAGAACGGCUGCUGCAGGAUAGCCUGUCUGCCUAUCGGAUUUGGAGCACAGCUGUUGCUAAAGUCCUGGUUCAGGGGUUCACACAGUCAUUAUUAAAGGGUCAAGCUGGAUCUAUUCUGGCAACAGCCACCAACUGGGAAGAGAUUGAAAUUGAAGAAGAGACUGAGACUGGAAGCAGUGUAAAGUCCAAGAUACGGCUCCCUGUGCAGCCAUCAUGGUGCGUCCACUCCCUCCUCUUCAGUUUGUGCCAAGAAGUCAAUCGAGUGGGAGGCCAUACCCUUCCCAAGGUCACCUUGCAGGAACUACUGAAGACUUGUAUGACUGAAGUAUUAGCUGGCUAUGAAAAACUGUCAGGAACAAGCCAGGAAAAGAAAGAAGGGAAGUUACCCAUCACUCAGAACAGGGCGUUGCAACUCUUGUAUGAUCUUCGGUAUCUGAAUAUAGUCCUGACAACUAAGAGUGAAGAUAUGAAAGGCAGCAGAAACAAGCAGGAUUCCAGGAUUGAGAAAGAGGUAGACUUUCUGGAGAGUUAUAUAGAUCCCUUCGACUUGGAUGUCUUUACACCACACUUAAACAGCAACCUUAAUCGUCUGGUGCAGCGGACCUCUGUCCUGUUUGGCUUAUUAACAGGGGCAGAGAAUCAGUACACCAGCCGAAGCAGUAAUUUAACUUCUCAAGAAUUACAUAACAUCCUACCUCUAGCAUCUAGUCAAAUCAGAUUUGGGCUGUUGCCACUCAGCAUGUCAAGCUCACGCAAGACUAAAUCAGCUAUGAGAAACACUGAACAGAAGGCUCAGAUCCCAGCUGCUGCCCUUCUAAGAGCAGAAGAGACGUUCCGCCCUGGCUCCCUGUUCAGGCAGCUUGCAGCAGAGGAGGAGGACACAGCAGCACCAUCUUUAUUUAAACUUGGCUGGCUCUCUAGCAUGACCAAAUGAUUCAAUAAAAUGUGAAUGAUUGUA